ACUGAAAAUAAACGCGGGAUUGUGGCGGAGAUUCCCAACUUCAGUUUGACUUCUCUCUCUCUCUCUCUCUCUCCCCCCACAAUCCAUCAACCAAAAUUCCAGAAGGAAGUUCCUCAGAAGCUUAAGCAGAAAUGUCGAGCUUGGAGGAGCCUCUUAGUCUAGACAGGUUGCCAAGGUUGAGCAAUGUUGAUGGCAGAUUGUCAUCCAAUAAUGGCUGUAGGCGGCCCGUGGGAGAUGAUGGAAUGAGGGAACGUUGGGUUGAGGGGAGAAACUGCAGCUCAUCUAACAGCUGCGAAGAAGAUCUUGAUGAAUAUGGCAGAGGGAGCUUUUCACGGAGAAGACAAUGCCGGGACAAACCGUAUCACGGAAUUUCAAACCGGAGGAGUGUUACCGGGUGCAGGAAGGAUGUGUUAUUCAAUGGUGUCCCGAAGUAUGUGAAGAUAGUGGAAGUUGGACCAAGGGAUGGGUUACAAAAUGAAAAAAGUAAUGUUCCUACAUCUGUAAAGAUUGAAUUGAUACGUAAAUUGGUUUCAUGUGGGUUGCCCGUGGUGGAAGUAACUGGUUUUGUUUCACCAAAAUGGGUACCUCAGUUAUCCGAUGCAAAGGAUGUCAUGCAAGCAGUUAGGAAUUUGGAAGGAGCAAGAUUGCCUGUCUUGACACCCAAUCUAAAAGGAUUUGACGAUGCAAUUGCGUGUGGAGCAAAAGAAAUAGCUGUUUUUGCAUCUGCUUCGGAGUCAUUCUCAAAGUUAAACAUUAACUGUAGCAUUGAGGAGAGUCUUGUCCGUUAUCGGGCUGUCCUAUCUGCUGCUAGAAAGCUCUCCAUACCCGUUCGAGGGUAUAUAUCAUGUGUUGUUGGAUGCCCAGUUGAAGGACCAAUUUCACCUUCAAAAGUUGCAUAUCUGGCAAAGGAACUUCAUGACAUGGGUUGCUUUGAAAUCUCACUUGGCGACACUAUAGGAAUUGGUACUCCUGGAACUGUCAUUCCCAUGCUUGAAGCCGUGAUGGCUGUUGUUCCAGUCGAGAAGCUUGCCGUCCAUUUCCACGACACUUAUGGCCAAUCUCUUCCAAAUAUCUUAGUUUCUCUCCAAAUGGGAAUAUGCACGGUGGACUCGUCAGUUGCCGGUUUAGGAGGGUGCCCAUAUGCCAAGGGAGCGACCGGGAAUGUGGCAACAGAGGACGUGGUCUACAUGCUACAUGGGUUAGGUGUGAAAACGAAUGUCGACCUGGGAAAGCUAUUGGUGGCAGGUGAGUUUAUCUGCAAGCAUUUGGGACGCCAGUCUGGCUCCAAGGCUGCCAUUGCAUUGACCCACCCAAGUUUCACCAACUAAAGUAUUCGGAGUAAUAACUAUACGGUAUUACACAUACAUCAACGCAUUUGAAUCUCUUUUCAUUCAUUCUGAGAGAAUUGAUGAACUCAAGGAGCCAUUGAAAUGUUACCUUCCCAGUUCUAGCCUCUUUAUAUUACUACCACGGAGUGGAGUGCUUAUAUGAGUAAUGAAUAACAUAUAUGGAUGUUCGGACGAGGACCUAUGAGGCUAGCCAGGACCUAUUGAAAUGUUACCUUCCUAGGACCUAUUGGAUGUUCGUAAUGACAUAUUGAAAUGUUACCUUCCCAGUUCUAGCCUCUUUAUAUUACUACCACGGAGUGGAGUGCUUAUAUGAGUAAUGUUUCUUAUAUUCUAACUUAUAUGAGUAAUGAAUAACAUAUAUAGUACUCAUUUUGCACAAAACAUAAGUGAGUAAAGGAGUAUUCAUUUGGAAAUAAUGUGGUUUUCUUUUUGAAUCAAUGUAGUGUUCAUUC